GUCUCGUAAUGAGCUUGGUGGGUGUUAAUGGUGGUUGUCUGUUUUCAUCGCAUGUUCAUGUUGUGUUUUUUUCCCCUUCACUGAGCUUCAUUCUUUCGAACGAAUCUGAAACAUUUUAUUGGGUGCUUUUUGUUUUCUGUUGUGCUGUCUUCUGUCUCGACAACGGUAUCCUCCUUUUCUUUUUGGUGUUCUUCACUCAUUCCUCAAUCUUUAGGAUUGAAUCACUAGUAAACCCGCUUUUAUGUGCGCUUUUUCUAUCUGGAAUCUGUUUAAGAUUGUAACGCUAAAGCCCUGGUGAAUUUCUGUGAUAAGGGUCUCUCUCUGCGAUUCGUAUUCCGAAUACUAUAUGCCCAUCAUCGAUUGAUCAGAAACCUACUUCUGGAUUAGGGUUUGUUCUUGGAGCGAUGGAGAAUCCCGCCGUUAAAACCACGAGGCCCUCUUCGAACAUAUCAGAAAUCCUCUCCAGGUUCUCAAAAGCCUGCAAAUUGAGAUCCUUUGACGUAUUUCCUUCGGAGAGCACUGACGUGAGGCCGGAUUCAAACGAUCCGUGUGAAGAAACCAAGGAUAAACUUGGCGGAACCGAAAUCUGCGCAGAGAAUUAUAAACCCUCCAAAAAGAAUCGAACUUUUUGUGGGGAUGAUGAGAUUUCCAAGCUGUUCGACAUUGUUUCGGGUCUGAAGCUCGCGUAUGUUCAGUUUCAGAAGGCUCAUUUACCUUAUGACACAGAGAAGAUCAUAGCAGCCGACAACCUCGUCGUGUCUCAGUUCGAAGAGUUAUGCAGAAUCAAGCGUCAGUGCAAAAAAACAAAACUAAUCACAAAGGCCAAGCUAGAUUCUUCUCGUUUGGAUCGCUUGAAGGAGGAAAUCGAUGUCAAGGAGAGGAACCUGGAGAAGCUUAAGGCUCAAGUGAAAUCCAAGGAUUGCGAAUUUCAGUUUCUGCUGGAAGAACUUCACUGUUUGAUUGCAAUGAGCAAUAAACUUGACGAGAAGCUUAAUCAGAACAGCUUAGAGAUCAAGAAGAUCGACAUGUGGCGGUUCCCGAACAUUUCUUCGCUUGAAUCUGUGUUUCAAGCUGCUUCUAAGUCGAUCCACGAUUUUGCAAAGCCGUUGAUCGUUCUUAUGAGAGCCUCAGGAUGGGAUUUAGACAAAGCAGCCGGUUCGAUCGUUGGAGAAGUGAUGUACGCCAAGAAGUCAGACAAGAAGUACCCCUUCGAAUCCUACAUUGCCCGGAGAAUGUUUCAGGACACAAACCUCGAGCCUUGCAACAUAUAUGAUUUAACGAGAUUUGACGAUCCCUUGGAUGCUUUGAUGGCAUUUCCAGAUUCUGGGUUUUCCAAAUUCUGCAGACAGAAGUAUUUGUUAGUGGUUCAUCCGUCGAUGGAGGCUUCAUUCUUUGGGAAUUUGGAUCAGAGGGGCCUUGUGUUGCUCGGUAAGCAUCCAAGGACCAUAUUCUAUCGAAUUUUUGCGAAAAUGGCGAAAUGGGUCUGGAUUCUUGAAACGAUUGCUGCUUCAUUGGAUAAAAAAGCAAAGAUCUUUGUUGUUAGAAGAGGAACCAGAUUCUCAGACGUGUACAUGGAGUCUGUUGAACAGUUACUUCUUGGAGAAGGACAAGCCGACUUAACUGUCCAGUUCAUUACAAUGCCUGGUUUUAAGAUCGGAGAUUCAACAAUUAGAUCUCGUGUUUAUCUCUCGGAGAUGAAAUGAAAAACAAUACGCCCGAUCCUCUGCUGUUCACUAGCGCAAAGGUUUGCAGAAUUUUCAGGUCUCUGCAGAUCAAUGAAGACAGGGCUCUUAAGAUUCUUCUAAGAAGCUCUUCCAUGUCCAUAAAGUCCUCUGCUUUCUUUUCUUCA